GAGGUGACGCCGGAGGCCUCCUUACGGCGGCGGCAGUGAGGUGGGCCUGCCGGGGCCAUGCCGUCCCCCUUCUCGGUCAGCGAGUUCCCCGUGAGCAUCCCCGCCGUGAUCACGCAGACAGACUGGACUGAGCCGUGGCUCACAGGGCUGGCCGUCUUCCACGUGCUGUGUCUGCUGCUCACGUGUGUCUCAUCCCGGAGGUACGAGCUGCAGGUCGGACACUUCCUGUGCCUCGGUGAGUACAGUGAGACUUCCACGACCACGUUGCUGGGGGUCGGGCACUGCAUGUUCUCAGUACAGAAAUGUUUUCUUAAGACCCAGCCCUUCUAUCCUGUGCUCCACUUUGGGUUUCAGGCCACCCCCGGAUGCCACCCUUGGGAUUAUGAAGUGUGGGUAUUGGCUUGGAAAGGGCCCUGCUGUACCAGUACCAGUCAGGCAAAGACCACUUACGCCCGCGGGCAACGGGCACAGGAGCCACAGCCGUCGGUGCCCACCUCUGUGCAGGGCGCCGAGCUGGGGGCGAGCGUGCCGCGUGGAGGCCCGUCUGCAGGUUCCCCCGCGGCUGCCCACGGCUCCUUCCCGCGAAAGUUAUUUUCAAAAUACCAGUAUUUCGAUUCAAGAGGGAUGUUCAUUUCGAUUGUGUUUUCGGCACCGCUGCUGUUGAAUGCCAUGGUCAUUGUGAUUAUGUGGGUACGUAAGACUUUGAAUGUGAUGACUGACCUGAAGAUCUUACAAGAGAAAAGAAAAGAACGGAGAAGGAGGAGAAAAGAAGAGUGACGUCACAGCGAUGGCGCUGUGUGUUUUGCUGGUUUCUUCCUCACCGUCAUUGUUUCCGGUAUUAAAGGGCAUGUGUUUCCAGCGUC